CACAUCAAAAUCUAUCCGGGAGCAGACAAACGGCAAUUGAUUGCAAAAAAAAAUUAAUAAUACAUAAAGCUACCAUUCAACUGAAAAGCUAAAAAUCCAAAACCUGCUCAUGCACCAUGGUGUUUCAAACUCGGUACCCUUCCUGGAUUAUGUUCUGCUACCUCUGGCUGCUCCGCUUUGCACACACCGGGGAAGCGCAGGCUGCGAGGGAAGUACUACUACUGGAUUCUAAAGCACAACAAACAGAGUUGGAAUGGAUUUCCUCUCCACCCAAUGGGUGGGAAGAAAUUAGUGGUUUGGAUGAGAACUACACCCCGAUCCGAACAUACCAGGUGUGCCAGGUCAUGGAACCCAACCAAAACAACUGGCUGCGGACUAACUGGAUUUCGAAAGGCAAUGCACAAAGGAUUUUUGUAGAAUUGAAAUUUACCUUGAGGGAUUGUAACAGUCUUCCUGGAGUAUUGGGGACUUGCAAGGAAACUUUUAAUUUGUACUAUUAUGAAACUGACUAUGACACUGGCAGGAAUAUAAGAGAAAACCUCUAUGUAAAAAUAGACACCAUUGCUGCUGAUGAAAGUUUUACUCAAGGUGAUCUUGGUGAAAGAAAGAUGAAGCUGAACACUGAGGUGAGAGAGAUUGGACCUUUGUCCAAAAAGGGAUUCUAUCUUGCCUUUCAGGAUGUAGGGGCUUGUAUAGCUUUGGUUUCUGUCAAAGUGUACUACAAGAAGUGCUGGUCCAUUAUUGAGAACUUAGCUAUCUUUCCAGAUACAGUGACUGGUUCAGAAUUUUCCUCUUUAGUGGAGGUUCGAGGAACAUGUGUCAGCAGUGCUGAAGAAGAAGCAGAAAACUCCCCCAGGAUGCACUGCAGUGCUGAAGGAGAAUGGUUAGUGCCCAUUGGAAAAUGUAUCUGCAAAGCAGGCUACCAGCAAAAAGGGGACACUUGUGAACCCUGUGGUCGUGGUUUUUACAAAUCUUCCUCUCAAGAUCUUCAGUGCUCUCGUUGUCCAACGCAUAGUUUUUCUGAUAAAGAAGGUUCCUCAAGAUGUGAAUGUGAAGAUGGAUAUUAUAGGGCCCCAUCUGACCCACCAUAUGUUGCAUGCACAAGGCCUCCAUCUGCACCACAAAACCUCAUUUUCAACAUCAACCAAACCACAGUAAGUUUAGAAUGGAGUCCUCCUGCAGAUAAUGGCGGAAGAAACGAUGUGACCUACAGAAUACUGUGUAAGCGGUGCAGUUGGGAGCAGGGCGAAUGCGUUCCCUGUGGGAAUACUAUUGGAUACAUGCCCCAGCAAAGUGGAUUAGAGGAUAACUAUGUAACUAUUAUGGAUCUACUAGCUCAUGCAAAUUAUACUUUUGAAGUUGAAGCUGUAAAUGGAGUUUCUGACUUAAGCCGUUCCCAAAGGCUCUUUGCUGCUGUCAGUAUCACCACUGGUCAAGCAGCUCCCUCACAAGUGAGUGGAGUCAUGAAGGAAAGAGUGCUGCAGAGGAGUGUGGAGCUUUCCUGGCAGGAACCAGAGCAUCCCAAUGGAGUCAUCACCGAAUAUGAAAUCAAGUAUUAUGAAAAAGAUCAAAGGGAAAGGAGCUACUCAACAUUGAAAACCAAGUCCACUUCCGCCUCCAUUAAUAACCUGAAACCAGGAACAGUGUAUGUUUUCCAGAUCCGUGCUUUUACAGCUGCUGGCUAUGGAAAUUAUAGUCCCAGACUUGAUGUUGCAACACUAGAGGAAGCUACAGGUAAAAUGUUUGAAGCUACAGCUGUCUCCAGUGAACAGAAUCCUGUUAUUAUCAUUGCUGUUGUUGCGGUAGCAGGGACCAUAAUUUUGGUAUUCAUGGUCUUUGGUUUCAUCAUUGGAAGAAGGCAUUGUGGAUAUAGUAAAGCUGACCAAGAGGGGGAUGAAGAACUUUACUUUCAUUUUAAAUUUCCAGGCACCAAAACCUACAUUGACCCUGAAACCUAUGAGGACCCAAAUAGAGCUGUCCAUCAAUUCGCCAAGGAGCUUGAUGCCUCCUGUAUUAAAAUUGAGCGUGUGAUUGGCGCAGGAGAGUUUGGAGAAGUCUGCAGUGGUCGCCUGAAGCUCCCAGGGAAAAGAGAUGUUGCUGUAGCCAUCAAAACCCUGAAAGUUGGUUACACAGAAAAACAAAGGAGAGACUUUUUGUGUGAAGCAAGUAUCAUGGGGCAGUUUGACCACCCAAAUGUUGUCCAUUUGGAAGGGGUUGUUACAAGAGGGAAGCCAGUCAUGAUUGUCAUAGAAUUCAUGGAAAAUGGAGCACUGGAUGCAUUUCUCAGGAAACAUGAUGGACAAUUUACAGUCAUUCAACUUGUUGGAAUGCUGAGAGGAAUUGCUGCUGGAAUGAGAUAUUUGGCUGAUAUGGGAUAUGUUCACAGGGACCUUGCAGCUCGCAAUAUUCUUGUCAACAGCAAUCUUGUCUGUAAAGUGUCAGAUUUUGGCCUGUCCAGGGUUAUAGAGGAUGAUCCUGAAGCUGUCUAUACAACUACUGGUGGAAAAAUCCCAGUGAGGUGGACUGCACCUGAAGCCAUCCAAUACCGGAAAUUCACAUCAGCUAGUGACGUAUGGAGCUAUGGGAUUGUCAUGUGGGAAGUUAUGUCUUAUGGAGAAAGACCUUACUGGGACAUGUCAAAUCAAGAUGUUAUUAAAGCAAUAGAAGAAGGUUAUCGUUUGCCUGCACCCAUGGACUGCCCAGCUGGUCUGCACCAGCUGAUGCUGGAUUGUUGGCAGAAGGAUCGUGCUGAAAGGCCAAAGUUUGAACAAAUUGUUGGAAUUCUAGAUAAAAUGAUUAGAAACCCAAAUAGUUUGAAAACACCCUUGGGAACUUGUAGUAGACCAAUAAGCCCUCUUUUGGAUCAGAACACUCCAGACUUCACUACCUUUUGUUCUGUUGGAGAAUGGCUACAAGCUAUUAAAAUGGAAAGAUAUAAAGAUAACUUCACAGCAGCUGGUUACAACUCCCUUGAAUCUGUGGCCAGGAUGACUAUUGAGGAUGUGAUGAGUUUAGGAAUCACACUAGUUGGUCAUCAGAAGAAGAUUAUGAGCAGCAUUCAGACUAUGAGAGCACAAAUGCUACACUUACAUGGAACUGGUAUCCAAGUGUGAUAAGCAAUUUCUCCCUUAUGAGGGAGACUAUAGACUGCAAGAGAACAGUACUGGCUUUCAGUAUAUUCAUAGAAUGCUGCUAGAAGACAGAUGAUGUCCUGGGUCCUUCAUGCAGUGGAAAGAAAUUUUAAGAAGCACCUAUAGACUUGAACUCCUAAGUGCCACCAGAAUAUAUAUAUAAAAAAAAGGGAAUUUAGGAUCCACCACUGGUGGCCAGGAAAACAGCAGUGACAAUAAACAAAGUACUACCUGAAAACCAUCCAAACACCUUGAGCUCUCUAACCUCCUUUUUAUCUUAUAGACUUUUUAAAAUGUACAUAAAGAAUUUAAGAAAGAAUAUAUUUGUCAAAUAAAAUCAUGAUCUUAUUGUUAAAUCAAUGAAAUAUUUUCCUUAAAUAUGUGAUUUAUGCCUAUUCCUUUUUAAGAUCAUUUGUGUUUAUUCUUCAUAAGGACUUUGUUUUAGAAAGUUGUUUAUAGCUUUGGACCUUUUUAAUGUUAAUUGAUGACACAUUACUUGUUACACUGGGUACCUUUACAAGAAUCUCACACUUAAAACAUACACAUAUGAACACACAUACAGCAUGAAUGAAGAUACAUUUGUCAUAACAUUGGUAUCCUUUUUGUGCCAUUUUAUUUUGUUUAAUCAGUGCUGCUUUUGAUAUUAUUUGCUAAUUGGCAGGUAGUCAAGGAAAUGCAAGUUGCCAAGAGCUCUGAUAUUUUUUAAAAAGAAAUUUUUUUGUAAAAGUCAGACAACAUGCUAUCUUUUCAAUAAAAAAAGCAAUAAUGAUCCACAAAUACUAUAAGGCACUUUUAAAAGACUGUUUAUAGAAUGAUUUUACUAGACAGAAUUUAAUUAAAAUAAACUCCAAUUGUAGGUUGUGACUAUAUUUUAAAAAUGAGACUAUUCAUCAAAAACUGAUGAAGACAAGUCUCUGUAAACAAACUAUCCAGUAUUAUCUAAAAUUUUAUCCUAGCACAUCUUUUUUUCAGUAUCCUGACAUUAGGGAAUGUAGGAGAUAGUUAACAAAUAUUUUAUAAUCUAUUCUGUUUAAUGCAGUCCAACUACAAAAGGAAAGAACUAACUUUUAUAUUAGAAACUGAAGCAUGCUAAAAAGGGGCAGUUUACAAUUUUUACCUUUCCAAAACAAAUUUUUCUGCACAGAAUAUCACUAUUGCAGUUUUGAAGAAUAGCCUUUUAUUUGUGAAUGCUGAUGUGAGAAAUUUGUUAAAAGAAAAAAACGUUUUACCAUCCAAGGGAGAGGCAGAGGAACUGGCUUUUCUUUUCUUUACCUUUAUUUAUUUAAUCAUUUUUAUUACUGUUAGAAUUUCAUAAGCAAUAAUUAAACGUGUCUUUAUAGAUAUUUCAGGAAUGUAUACAUGUUGUGGUAACACGUUCAAAAGUUAUGAAAAUCAUGAACUACCCCAGAAUUGAACUGUUGUACUUCCAAAGAGAAUUGGGCUGUUUAUAAUGAUUUUAAUAUAAAAAGAUCCCAGGGAUCGGUCAUAAUUGGUCUUGUUUGAUAAUGUGGGCAUCCACAAACAAACAAACAAAUAACAGAAACAAAAUCUGUAAAUGUUCCUUUGUAAAACUUGUAAAUUUUAUUUAUACUGUCUUGUUUUGUACACACAUUUCUCUGUAGUGGGCUCUGAAUACAUUAAAAAUGCACUAUAUUUUUCUAUUUUACUUACAGAGCAUCACAAAAGAACAGGUAUUUUCAGUGCUACAUAAUGUGUUUUCCCACAUUUAGGACCAAAGAUGGCUAUAGAAAAACUCAAAUGGAUUGCUUCCCAAAACCUUCCCUAUUAUUUUUUCUUUUCUUUUAACUCACUGUACAGUGUUAUUUGAUAUUUUAAUUUAUUUUUUGAUUGAGUAGAAAAAUCAUUUUAAUUUCACUAAAGUGUUUUGUCCCUAAGGAAAAAUAAUCUGUAAAGUAAUUUUAAUUAGCAUAAUAAGUCACCUAGACACUUCCAUUUGUAAUCUUUGUAAUAGACUGUAAAUAUAUUUUUGGAACUAUAACACAAUGUGCUUGAGGGUUAUUUUUAGUGUCUGCAGUGUAUACAAGUGUUUAUACUAAGUACAGCACUUUACAAUUUUAAU